AUGAGGCAUUCCAAAGUAGAAAGGGAGAAAGCUGCCCGAGUAGACUUGGAAAGGACAAUGCGCGUGCAGUCUACAGAGCAAGCUCCAAUUGCAAGGCAUAGUUCCACCUUGGAGAAUGGAAGCUUGUCUAGGAAACUAUCUACUGCUAGCAGCAUAGAAAGCAUGGAGGAAAGAUAUUUUCUACAAGCAUCGUUGGACUCAUCUGAUGGUUUCUCUGAAAAAAGAAAUAUCGAAGAGGCUACAGCAAGUCCACUCUAUAUGAAGAGUAUGACAGCAAGUGCUUUUGAAUCUACACUUCGUCAAAAAGAGGGUGAAUUUGCAUCCUAUAUGUCUCGUUUGAAUUCCUUGGAGUCUAUCCGUGACUCUCUAUCUAAGGAGUUAGUCAAAAUGACUGCAGAGUGUGAAAAGUUGAAGGCUGAGGCUGCCACAUUGUCUGGAAUCCGGACAGAGCUAGAAGCCUUGAGGCGGAGACACAUUGCUGCUCUGGAGCUAAUGGGUGAACGAAAUGAGGAGUUGGAGGAACUCCAUGUUGAUAUUGUAGACUUGAAGGAAAUGUGUAGAGAGCAAGUAAACUUGCUUAUGAAUAAGGCUCUAUUUGCUAUUCUGAAAGCUACCUUGUUGUGUUCGACAGAUCCAAAGAAUGACUUCCUCGGCCAGUAA